AGCAUUUGCAACAGACAACCAUAUUGAGCAGCAUGUUCAGGUUUUUUCACCUCGACAUCCUGGUCAGCCUGAUCAGCCUAAUCAGCUGUUUUGCAUUGAUGAACGCCCAGCAGCAGCAGCAAUUCCACCAGCAGGAGGUAUCGGGGAUACAACUCCACCCACCAUGGCUGUACUCGAUGCCCUGGCGUCCUUUGAUCCUGCCAACAGCCAGUCCUUCACUACCUUCUCUGACGGCGCUGGCUCAACUGAGUCCUGGCUACACGGGCCCGCAGACCUUUCCUCCAGUUCCACAGGAUCAACGCCAGCAGACGCAGCAAUAUCAGCAACAUCAGCAACAGCAAUUCCAGCAGGCAUAUCCGCAGCAAUACCAGCAACAGCGAUACCAGCAGGAAUAUCCGCAGCAAUACCAGCAACCCUCCGUCCUGGUGGGCUUAUUUACUCCUCAACUGCAGGCCCAGCCACUGUCAGCUCCUCCUCCGCAGGCUGGACAUUUUAGCCUGCCCUUCAGGCCCUCGCCCUUCGCCGGAUACACGGAUGACGGAGAUGAACAUAUAGCCCAAGGGCAGGGCAACGGCAUGCCAGAGCAAACGUCGCAGCGGACACUGGAGGAGCCGACCUUCCAUGAGCAUGUCUAUAAUAAUAAGCCAGUGGCGGAGGGAUCGCAGCACCCAAGGGGCUACGUCUAUCUAUCGCCUAGUAAUGCCUAUAAUCUAGUAAGAACUUAGGUUACAGAGUGAACAUAAAUGUCUCGUUCUUUGUGUUAGUUCCUAAGCUAUUGAAUACCAAAUAUCAAUCAGUACAAUCAGAAACUAUAACGUG